CUGCCGUACCACGGACCUCCUGUUUAAAAAUCGAAGCAUUGUAAUUUGUUUACAAAUUUGCAUCCCGAUAAAGUGCAUUAGGCAUAAUUAAAACGAGAUGGGAGUAGCGGAUGAAACAGACAGGACUCUCUUUGUUGGAAAUUUGGAUCCAAAAGUGACGGAGGAACUUUUAUUCGAGCUAUUUUUACAGGCAGGACCUCUGUUCAAAGUGAAAAUCCCAAAAGACAAUGAUGGAAAACAGAAAGCGUUUGGAUUUGUCUGUUUCAAACAUGAGGUGUCCGUACCCUAUGGCAUGAACCUGCUCAAUGGGGAAACUCUAUUCGGAAGGACUCUCAAAGUACAGUUCAGAGCAGGAAGCAGUCACAUUAACAGUCCAGGGCACUCUCAGAAUCAAAGCCCUGUGAAUACUCCCAAUCCACAUGGGGCUGCGGGCAGGUUUGACAAGAGCCCAGACCAGAUGGGCUCCCCAUCAUUUUCACCCUCUCAGCAUAUCCAGAGGUCCUUCUCCUCUCCUGAUAGUCUGCAGAGACAGGCCAUGAUGAACAACAUGUGGCAGCUCCAGAUGCAGCAGCUCCAGGGGGUGAAUGGAUGCUUCCCAGCUGGUCUUCUGGGGCAGCCACCACCACAACAGCUACAGCCACAGAGUGGUGGGGGUGGUGGGUCCUGGCAACUGGACAGCCCCUCACAGCGAGGCAACAGGCAGGGGUACCAGCAGGACAGCAGCAGCCACUACGGCAGGGACCAGCGGUACCCAGGAGGCUCUGAUGACACUGGCUCCAACCGCCACCACCGCAGCCAGCGAGAUGACCAGCGAGGUGAACACUAUAACCAUGACGACAGGAGUGGGAGCAGCGGAGGCAACCGUAGCAGAGAUGACAGGUGGAGGGACGGCUCCAGAGAUGGCCGGUGGAGACGAUACUGAAGCACUAUGGGAAUUUAAGAACAGAAUUGUGAAUAUUUUUCACUUUUUUUAAAGGACAUUUUGAGUAUUUUACAGAUUUGUCACAUACUCGGUGUAAAUCCUAAUCAAAACAGAAUUAUGAAUUUAUAUUGAGAGAAACAUUUUCAUGCUCGAAAUGCAUUUUCAUUUUUUACAAUUUGUUAGUCAUAUGUUUAGGAUGAUAUUGAAAAUAUUUAAAUGCACUGGACUGUGUCCCAGUAAACAAAAUAUUGAUUGGUUAUUUUAAAUUUACUUGUGAGGUUUUCCACAAUUGUUUUACUGUGAUUUAAAAAAAAAAAAUUAAUUAGAGAUGAAAUAGAUUUUUGUACCGUCCCCUGGGGAAUUGUUACAUCAUUCUACCCUAGUAGUUAUAGCCUUUUGAAGGCAGGGUUUGUUUGAAAAGAUUUGCUGUGUUUGUCAAGUAUUGGUAUUGCUGUGAACAAUUCCUUUUAUACAAGAUAUGGUGCUCAACUGUUUUUAGUGGGAAAUUGCUCAGGUAUUCAGUAAAAAAAAAGUUUGGGAAUUUUUUUGACAUGUUUCAGCUGUGUAAUCUAAUUCAACCAGCAACACUUACAUGCUGACCAGACCGGACACAUCGCGUGCGCUGCAAAAUAAAUUUAGAAAUUGUGUUAUUCAAUUAUUGCACCCACACUGCUCGCGCGUGCCAACGAGCGUCUGCGAUGCCAAGGGCUAAAAUAGAACUCCUUUCUAUUUCUGACACAGAUCGUGCUGAAAGUCCUGCCUCUCCCAUCUCCUCAUUGGUUUAUAGAAGCAGGUACCCAUAUGCCAUCUCCUCAUUGGUUAUAUCAUUGGGGUGGCAGGGUAGCCCAGUGGUUGGACUAGUAACCGGAAGGUUGCAAGUUCAAACCCCCGAGCUGACAAGAUACAAAUCUGUCGUUCUGCCCCUGAACAGGCAGUUAACCCACUGUUCCUAGGCCGUCACAGAAAAUAAGAAUUUGUUCUUCACUGACUUGUCUGGUAAAAUAAAAAUAUCCACGUGGGUGAUUGAAAGACUAACUGUUAUGCCGGUCGUCAUUGUAAUACUAUGAAAGUUUAGAUGCCAAUCAACAUAUGUUCAAAGAUGAAAAGGCCUGGAAGGAGGAGAGAUGAAGAAAUGAUUCGGUUGGCUAUUUUAUGUGUGGAUCAAUUGUAGGAGUACAGGUCCUUGUGCAUUUCAGGUAAAAUAACUACUCAAUGUUUAUAUCCCAGGACAAAUUACCUAGCAAGUGGAAGCUAACUAGCUAAAUUGCCAUACAUGUUUAAUGGUUUUUGACCUGUCCCCAAAUUAAUGUAAUAAGUUCAGAGUUUGUUUUGAUAUUUUAACCUGCGUGUCGUGAUCGCGUUUGGUGUAGGGGAACAAAAUAAAUUUAUGCACGAUGGCGCACAAGCUCAGCCGGUUUGGGUUCCGUGUUACUCAGUAGGCUGAAAAUGGACUGGUUUUUAGAUUGGUACGUUAAAUGGAAAAUUUAUUUUACAUGCGUCUUUUUAUUAAUUUGAGAAUAGUAUUGUAAGAUACCCAACAGAUUCCAUGUACAUGUGAAACUAGAUCUUUUUAUGAAAUAUUAGCAUAAACAUUUGUCCACACA